UUCAAAAGAGCUCCACCCUCAGCCGGAGCCACAGUUGCUGUCUUAGAACCAAGGCAAACGUCUUUCCCUCUUCGUGUGUCUCCAACAUGGAUGCUUUUCAGAGCAUUUUGAAAUUCUUUCUUAACCAAAAAACCGCUAUUGGCUACAGCUUCAUGGCUUUGCUCACCCUGGGGAGCGAGCGUCUCUUCUCACUAGUGGCGUUUAAGUGCCCCUGCAGCACUGAGAAUACAGUGUACGGGCUGGUUUUCCUUUUUGCCCCUGCCUGGGUGUUACUCAUCCUUGGAUUCUUUCUGAAUAACAAGGCAUGGAGGCUCUUCACUGGCUGCUGUAUGAACCCCAAAAAAAUCUUUCCCAGGAGACAAUCCUGCCGCUUCUUCUACGUCCUGGGUCACAUCACACUGAGUUCACUGGUGGCCCCAGUGAUGUGGCUCUCCGUGGCUUUGCUUAAUGGGACGUUUUAUGAAUGUGCUAUGAGCGGGACAAGAAGCACAAGGCUCCUGGACCUGAUUUGCAAGGGCAAGCCCAAAGAGUGCUUGGAAGAACUUUAUAAAGUCUCCUGUGGCAAAAGUAGCAUGACACCGGUGGACAAUGAGGAGGUGAAGCUCUCCCUGCAAGCCCAGUCUCAGAUUCUAGGAUGGUGCCUGAUUUGUUCAGCAUCCUUCUUCUCUCUGCUGACCACUUGUUAUGGACGCUGCCGAUCUCAAGUCAGCUACCUGCAGCUGAGUUUUUGGAAGACGUACGCACAGAGGGAGAAGGAACAGUUGGAAAACAAACUCCUGGAAUGUGCCAACAAGCUGAGUGAGAGGAACCUCAAAUGCUUUUUUGAAAACAAGAGUCCAGAUCCCUUUCCCAUGCCCUCUUUUGCUGCCUGGGAGGCUGCAUCCGAGCUGCAUUCAUUCCACCAAGACCGGGAACACUACAGUACCCUUCACAAGGUUGUAGAUGAUGGUCUGGAGCAAACCGCCCAAGAAGAAGAGACAACAAUGAUCCUUGUGGGUACCGCCCAGAGUCUGUGAAUCAUCCUCCAUCACUGGCUCAAGGGUCCGGUUGGUACACCUGUUCAGAGUCUCUUGCUGUCUGCGCAACAACUUGCAUCUCUGCACUUUCUCAGCAUCAGAGCUACUUUGGGAGGCAGUAGCAUGGUCUGAAACUGUUCUGAAGCCUCGCGGUGCUAUGUCUAGAACUGCUCCAAUGGAUGCUGAGCGAUGACCAAGACACUUUGAGUCAGUGGAGAGUUGGGUCCAGGAGGUCCAAUAGUUGCUCCAAGCUCUAAGAUUUUAUGAUUCAGCCUCCAGAGUCUGGCAAAGUGGCCUAUCACUCUUUGGAAGUAUCUGGCCGUGGUAUUAGAGAACAGAUCUGUGCACAGUGGCCACCUGCAGAGUACCCAGCUGGGACCCUUUCAGAAACAUAUAUCCAAUGCCUUUCAAGAUGAGAGGAACUGUAACAUUUAGCUAGCAUCUCUUUCUACAGAAUACCUCCAUUCUCCAGAGUCACUGACUGAAAGAAUAUAAUGUGCCACAUUUUCCCCAAAUUCUGAAAGCCUGCCGCUAGGGGCAAGGUGACCUCAUGCCUGCUGUGAGUAGGAGGCACUUAUGCCUCCAUAGGUCAAUCUCUACAUUCAAAAGACAAUCACAAAAGACACACAUAUAAGACUGCAUUGAUAUGAAGACAAAUCCAUUAACAUUGUAUAUUAAAACACUUUUCUCAAUUAAAAAUUCCAU